AACGUAUAUAUCCUCGGCGCGGAAUUCAAUUUGAUCUGAUUAUCGCGCUACUCUGCUCCUGUAUGUCCCUUGGGAUCACUUCGGUAACUUGGCUAUCAAGGUUUUGAGUUUAUAACGAGCUAAAUAAUUUAGCCAAUAUCUCAUUCUUUAUAAUGGCAACACCUCCUAAGAGAAUAUGUUCAAGUCCAGGUUUUGACAACAGUUUUGAGAAAAGAACUAAGAAGAUAUCCAUUGAAGGAAACAUUGCUGCAGGGAAGUCUACAUUAGUGCACAUUUUAGAAAAAUCUUCAGAAGAAUGGGAGGUCAUACCGGAGCCCAUUGGGAAGUGGUGCAACGUUCAAAACACUGACAAUGAGUAUAAGGAGCUCAGCACAUCUCAGAAGAGUGGAGGCAACCUGCUGCAGAUGCUGUAUGACAAACCUAGCCGCUGGUCCUACACAUUCCAGAGUUACGCCUGUCUGAGUCGUGUGCGCGCUCAGCUGCAGCCCCCUUCUGCAAAGUUGCAACAGGCAGAGAAACCGGUCCAGUUCUUUGAGCGCUCUGUUUACAGUGACCGGUAUGUAUUUGCCUCCAACCUAUUUGAGUCUGGGGACAUGAAUGAGACCGAAUGGGACAUUUACCAAGACUGGCACGGUUGGCUGCUCUCUCAGUUUGAGUCUCAAAUUGAGCUGGAUGCCAUGAUCUACCUUCGGGCUGACCCACAGAGAUGUAUGCAGAGGCUGCACUGCCGAGGACGGGAGGAGGAACAAGGAAUUCCAAUUGACUAUCUGGAGCAACUGCACUAUAAGCACGAGUGCUGGCUGUACCACCGCAGUACUCAACUUGCUUUUGAGUACCUGAAAGAUGUCCCCAUCCUGGUCCUGGAUGUUAAUGACGACUUCAAGAAUGAUCAAAUUAAACAGGAAGCUGUGCUGGACAAGGUCAGAGAAUUCCUCAGCACGCUGUGAGCUGGAAAGGAUACCGACGUUAGACUGCACCAGCUCACUGGUCUUAUGCUACAGACUACACCAUUCCUGACAGUUUAUCAACUUCCAUGCCUCAAAGAUUAUACUGGUCCUCCAUGCCUUAGAUAAUACUGGUCCUCCAUGCCUUAGAUUCUACUGGCAGAGAAGAUUUGGUCAUUUUCUAACUUUAUGCAAUUCUCAUUUUCCCAUUGGGUGGAGAAAAAUGUUAUCAGUUUGAGUGACUUACAAAAUCAGUUGGUCUCCCGGUUAGUAAUUCAACCAUGAUUAUGACAAGAUUAGAUGGCUGGUGGUAAAUUAGUCUAAUCUUAAAACUGUUAGCUGACAUUGGCUUAUUUACUGACUGUGAGUUACUGGCAUACAGUAAGAGAAACUGCUGCACAACAAAACUUAGAAAUUGCUCCAGGUAUAUGCUAUUCUAACUCUCAACAGUAAAUUCAGACUCCGACUGAGUUCCUAAAAAGAACAUUUGAUCCGUGGGUUAUAUAAAAGGGUCCGCCAGUUUCCCAUCCCUGGUCUGGAGACUGAAGAUAAGUUGAACAGGUGUAUUAGUGCUGAGGUAGAACAAAGCUUGCAUACAACAGUAGGACUGGGUGGUUGGAGACCGGCCUUACCAACGACACCAGCUCACUGGUCCUCUUGUGUCAUUCAAACUAGAGAUUAACAGGCAUUUUAAAAAAUGUAUUUACCUGCUCAUGACAGUCGGUAUACUUAAAUGUAUGGUUUUAAGGGUUGCCAGAUUUAGGUGAAACUAUAUAUAUUUUAAAUGUAAUGUGUAAAAGGUGCUCUACUUGUUUUUUAAUGUAGUGAGUUAAUUUACUAUUUCUUUGUAUUUAUAUUGUAAUUACAUAAAUGCACAGAUUAAGCCUAGUCCUUUACUAAAAGUUAUUUCAAUGGAGAUUCUCAAUUGAGAAUACUUUUUUGUCCAGGACUAGGCUUAAUCUGUACUUGGGAAACUGGACCCAGGAGUUUCUGCAGGAUCUUACACUGACUGAAUUUUUGAUUCAGAAAGAUUUGGUACCACCACCAGAAUGUCAUUGUCCAUGGCUGUUUUUAGUCUGAUUGCAUCACUAAACUUUCACUUCAAGUGUUGUCUUUGUCACAAUUUUAGAUUAAAAUGUCUCUUUCUUACCGAGCCACAUGCUGUGCAGUACAGCUGUGGCAGGUGGCUGUCGUUUCGUUCGAAAGGGUUAGAUCCAAACAUGAGUUUUAUUUUUUUGUGUAAUAUGCUGUGAUGAAAUAUACCACUUACAGUUUGUUGUUUGAUGGGUGUUACAUAUUUGUUCCUGAAAUAAAUGGUGAAAAUUGUGA